AGAAAAUGGAGGGACCGAUGUCGCUCACUCACCAUGCGUCAAUUGAAUGCGACGUGCCGCAACAGAAUAUCUGUAGAAGGUGACCGGCAGCAAGGGGUGGUCGCCAAAACGCGCGUUCAAUGCCAAUAUGACCCAACGGUGCAGCAGAAACGAGGAUAAAUCGCUCAGGGCUGAUAAAAGAUGAUAGAUAGCGGAGCUUAUGUAGGUUGCAGGCAAGCGUAAGUUUAUGUAUGUCUGCGGUAUUUGAUGCUGGUGAAAGUGGUCAGACGCGCCCUCCAGCAGUAGGAGUAGGAUCAAAUAAAAUUAGAAAUCAAGAUGCAAAACUCGUUAGACGCCCAGGAACCGGAUCUCUUGCAGCUUUUGUAUGGAGACGGCGUCUGAGUCCAAUGCAAAGCUCUGCGCCAGUUGAUUGCCUGAUGUGGUUUGGGGUGGCAACUGGGCUCGUAAAAAUAAUAAUAUGCGGCAGUCUGGACUUGAUUGCAGAAGGGAUUCUACGGAAUAGUAAGGACUUGGCUGCGGCGUACCUGUACCUGAUCUUUCCGGUCACCGUAGCAGGUCGUGGAUGUACUAUGUACCAGGACAAGGCAAGAUGGAUUGCAUUGACGCCCUGCCAAUGCCAGACGAGGGAGCUGCCCAGGUGGUUGCUGGGAUACAUUAGCCCAGCCCCGAUGUGUUGUCACAUCCACCAGACACAUGGCUAGAAGAACCUUGUCCAGUACACCGGAAUGGCGACACAAAGAACAUCUCCCU